GCGAGACCGACCGCUUUUCCACGACGACAGCCAAACUCCGCCCAACCUGCAAACCGCAACAGAUAUUCCUGCUUCCUAAGCAAGAAUCUCCUAAACGUCAAAAUGGCUCACGAAUCCGUCUGGAACUCGCGCCCGCGCAACUACGGCAAGGGCUCCCGCUCUUGCCGCGUCUGCAACCACACGGCCGGUCUGAUCCGCAAGUACGGCCUCAACAUCUGCCGUCAGUGCUUCCGUGAGAAGGCUGCCGACAUCGGCUUCGUCAAGUACCGGUAAACGGACCAUGACAGCCAGGGGUCGAGUUGCGAUGAGUUGAUGGGGGGGAACGGAUGGAUGGAUGGAUGGUGGAGGAUGGACAUAUCGGUUGCUUUACUACGAACCGAUUCCGACGAACACGAACCACGGCAAGUUCUAAACUUGUUUUGCUCGGGGCGCGAGGGAGAAGGGGUAAAGGAACGCCUGCCUUGCUAGGAAACGGAUCGGGAAGCCAAAUGCCAACUUAGGUAUUGAUUCCGCGGUUGGAGUCAAUGUCGCAAGUUAGCUGGCUUUGGAGUUCAUAUUGGGGGCUGUCUUCACUUGCAUGACUUGGGCCAAAGGGGAAUGCAAAAACGGAACCACAUAUCCAUCCUUCCUUCCAUCCACCGUCCAACAUGGCUCAUGGACACUGCUCCUCCAGCUCUUAUUUCACGUUUUGAGUGGUGCGCAGUUUUAGACUCCUACACAGCCUGUGAUCCACGUUGAAGUGUCUUCU